AUGUCCGACGCGAAGGAUCCUGAGAAACAGGAACGUCCAAAAAUAAUAAUUUGGCCGCAAUGGUUAGCAGCUUGUGCAGUAAGUUUAGCUCCGAUCGUAAGUGGUCUUGCAAACGGUUGGACAUCGCCAUACUUGGCACAAUUGACAUCAACGACAGCUGACGUAUCUGCCAAACUGACGGAAAACGAAGCGUCUUGGGUAGCUUCUCUCUUAAAUCUUGGUAGAGUUUUCGGAGCUUUAAUCGGUGCGGUAAUUCAAGAGUAUGUUGGACGAAAGAAACAGCUUGUCAUCGGUGGUCUACCAUUGGCCUUGAGUUGGGUAUUCAGUAUAUGCGCAACGUCAGUUACGUGGCUCUACAUAUCGAGAUUCUGUUCUGGAAUUGGAUCAGGCAUGGUCUGGUUAUCCCUCGUUUUGUACCUAGGAGAGAUCGCUGAUCCCAAAAUUCGUGGAGCUUUGAUAUCCAUGAACGUAAACGCAGCGUCCGUGGGUAUGUUCUUGGGCAACGUGAUGGGUCCUUAUCUGUCCAUGGAGAUGUUCGCUUACGUGAGCCUCGUACCGAAUAUCCUCUUCAUGGCUCUCGUAUCCCUGAUACCCGAAUCACCGUACCAUUACGUCCUCCACGGAGAUAUCGACAAAGCAGAGGCAUCUUUGAAGUGGUUCCGACGAGAAGCUGACGUGAAGGCUGAGAUGCGAGAGCUUCAGGAUUUCGUCGAUGGUGCUGAAAGCAGUAUUAUCAUGAGACUUAAAGCAUUCAUACUUCCAGGUAAUUUGAAGAAAGUCAUAAUCUUGUUCAUUUUGAACGUAUUCGUUCACGCAAGUGGAUACGCAACAAUUAACGCCUAUGCUGAAAUAAUCGUAAUUAAAUCUGGCAUGAAUCUUACGGCUAGCGUGGUUGUCAUGAUUUUAGGAUUUGCUACGAUUGUAGCUGGAACUAGUGCAACUGUGAUGGUAGACAGAUUUGGCAGAAGAUCUUUGUUAAUGAUAUCAGGUCUUGGAGUUGCUAUAUCUCUCGGAUUGCUUGGUCUACAUUUCCACAUCUUGUCGAUUGGCAUCGAAUCGUCAAUCCUCGAGUGGCUACCACUCACUUCAAUGCUAUGUUAUAAUAUUUUCUUAGCUUGUGGCUUCGUGACGGUGCCAGGUGCACUUUUAGGAGAAAUGUUCCCCGCAGAUUUGAAAACCUUAGCUUCUCUUCUAUUAGGAUGUGGAAACGCAAUGCUAUCCUUCAUCUCAACGAAAAGUUUUCAACCUUUUAUUGACCUAAUUGGGGAAAAAUUCGUAUUCUGGUCUUUCGGUUUUAUCGUCUUAUCAUGUGUUCCUUACGUUUAUUAUUUUAUACCGGAAACUAAAGGGAAGAGUCUUCUUCAAAUUCAAAAGUCCAUUAAAAAAUAA